UGAAAUACUUUUAGUAGUCUAGAUUUAUCAUCAACUUCUGUUUUAAUUUCAGAAUCAAUAAAAUUGAUGUCGUCUAUUCAAACUACACCUUCAAAAAUUAUUAAAUCAUUGCGUUCAAGUCCGGACAGAUUUAUUCCUACAGGUCAUUCUGUAAGUACUUUUCGUAUGCGUUCACCUGGACCUAAGAAAAUUUCUACUGAUAAUGACAAUGGAUCUCCAAGAUCAUCUAAGGUAAUAUCAGAAACUCAUGAAUCUCGCAUUGCGGAGGCACUUGGUUUCGAUCGUUCUUCAAAUGUUUUUAUAUAUCAAAAGCCUCCUUGUUUGACGCGAUGUAAGCCUUGUGAUGAUCAGUUAGAUCUUUUAAAUUUUUCUACUUCCAAGGCUAUACCAAAACGCCCAGUAUCAAUGCAGCCUAUAAAAGUUUUAGAUGCACCUAAUCUUCGUGAUGAUUUUUAUACCACUUUGCUUGCUUGGAGUAGUAAAGGCGACUUAGCUGUUGGACUUGCUGACAAUGUUUAUUUAUGGAAUAAUACUGAUGGAACAACUCAAGUUCCUGAAGACUUUUCUGAUCAGUUUGUAUCUUCUCUUGCAUUUUCUUAUCAUGGAGAUAUUUUGGCUAUUGGGCGUGUUGAUGGAAUGGUUCAAUUUUGGUCUAAAGGAGAAUAUGCACCUCGUUUAGAAUUAGCACAUGCAGGUGAUAUAGGUUGUAUGACAUGGAGACCAAAACAUCCAUUACGUUCAAAAAGUAAAAAUGAUCUUUUAGUUGGUGCACAUAAUGGGAAAAUAUAUUAUUAUGAAAUAGAAUGGACAAAUUCUUCUGCUAAUGCUCGGUUAUUAAAAAUUAUUUCAAAUGCUCAUCAGGAACAAAUUUGUGGAUUGGCAUGGAAUAUAGAUGGGACUCAGUUUGCUACUGGAGGAAAUGACAAUUUUGUAUGUUUAUUUGAUGCUUUACGAUUAGAUAAACCUAAAAUUGUAUGGCAACAUUUCGCUGCUGUUAAAGCACUUGCAUUUUGUCCUUGGCAAAAAUCUUUGUUAGCUACUGGAGGUGGUUCUCAUGAUAAACGUAUACGAUUUUACCAUACCUAUACUGGAGCAUUGAUAAAUAUGAUAGAUUGCGGAGGUCAAGUGACAUCUCUUACUUGGUCACCUACUUAUAGAGAAAUUUGUGCUACUUUUGGCUAUUCUUUUUCAGAUAUAUCUCAUAGAAUUGCUGUAUAUGCUUGGCCUACGUUAAAACUUUUAGUUUCUAUACCUGCUGGUCAUCCUGAACUGCGUGCUAUUUAUGCAGUUAAUACUGUAGCUAAAAAUGAGAAUGGUGAAAACGUUGGUGGAGGAACAAUAGUUGUUGCAGCAAGUGAUGAAACAGUAAGGUUUUAUAAAAUGUGGGAAGAUGAAAGAGGGUCUAUAGCCAGUGGAGGUGGAGGAAGAGCUGUACGAUGGGAAGGAGUGUUUGGUAGUGACAUUGUUGAAUUGGUUGAGGGAAUAGAUAGAGAAGGGAAUGAAAAAAUUCGGUAA